AUGUUAUUGUUUCGUCGUAAGAAAAAAUAUAAAUAUCAUGACAUUUUAUUGACAGUUGAAUCUACUGAUGAUUUUGGAUAUCAUUCAGAGUGUCUAAAAAAAAUUACAGUUCUGAAGCAAAAAGAUAAAGAAGAAUUCGAAGAUUUUUGCAAAACACAAGCUAUCCCGAGCCUCCCUUCAGGUCUUCAUGAACAAACUAUUCCUGCUGUAAACUGUGAUCUAGAAGAAUCAAGGGCUACAUUAAACGAUCAACCGACUACACUUUCAGUAGACGAACAGCUUAGUACGACUGCUUUAAACGAGCAGCCUAGUACAUCUGCGCAGGAGGAUGAUCAUUCUCAGUGUAUUCAAAAUUUGUCAUCUGCUGGUACAAUAUCCCAGCAAGCUAAUUCAUCAACAAUUAUAAAUAAAAAGUCAGCCUGCCUUUUUUGUGAUCAUGUUGAGAAAAAAGUUGGUAAGAGACGAACUUAUGUAACAUUCCCGCGAUCAGAAGCAACGGUUGAAACAAUAAAAUCAAUGGCCGGGAAAUCGAAUGACUCAAAACUAUUAGCGAAACUAGAAAGCCCUCAAUCUAUUGCUUAUCAUUCGACUUGUUUGUCAUCGUAUCAGAUUUCACUGAAACGAAAACAUGAGGAACAUCCAGAGCCAGGAUAUUGGCACAAAAAUCGCCAAUUUCACCAGUUAGCAUUCAAUGCAAUUUCCGAAAUAAUAACUGCGGAAAUUAUUGAGAAAAAUCGCGUUAUGUAUCUUACUGAUUUGUUAUUUCAGUAUAAAUCAUUGCUGUUGGAAUUUGCUGAAGGUCAAGUACGCGCUGAAGAUUUACAGGAAUAUCGUGCUGAAAACUUAGAAAAUAAAAUUAUAAAAGCUUUUGGCGAUCGAAUUACUGUAGAGUCAUCCAUGGGGACACCAAAAAGGAAAAUUGUCUAUCAGUAUGACAUGAACACGUCACGAUUAGUUAGUGAAAUAGCUAAGUUAGAAUCAAAUGAGAAGAAUCGAUGCAGAGAUGUCGCUUACGAAUUGCGAAACUGUAUAACAUCUGUAGAAAGUACGAAGCUGCCAGAUAAUCUAACUCCAGAAGAUAUUAUUCUCGGAGAGUGUAAUAUUCCAGAACAACUUUUUAAUUUCGUGUGCGACUUAGUUCAAGGACCAGAUACUCGUCGUAAAAAUUCAAGUGACGACUUAGUGAAAAUUAAGUCUAAGAAUCGAAUCGAGAAAGACUCCAAGACUUUGAGCAGUAUUGUUGAAAGGAUCAAGAAAACAAUGAAUCCUUUUUCUGAAAGUGUAGACAAAGACAGUUUGUUCAAUUUGUCAACUGGUAAAGCAGCAUCCUUAAAUGUUACCAAUUUUUUGCUCAACGUUAAGUCUUUAAGUCAAGAACAAAAGUCAAAAUUUUUUUCGGAUUGCUUUGAAGAUUCAACAAGAUUUGUGAGACCGAUAACUCGUAAUAAAAUACAUAACUUCGCUUCAGAUUGUGUUAAAAAAAGUAUUAAGAGUACCACCGGAGACAAAAAAACAUUAAUUAAAAUGGAACGAGAUAUUUUUGGCCGUCUGUUAGCAAUUGCUAUAAAUCAAAAAGUUGACAUUGAGUACUGUCUAUCAUUCCCGCUAGCACCUGUACCUCCCGCACUAUUUCACUGUUCAGGUGACAUGAUGAAGACGGACAAAUCAACUUUAAGUAAACAAUUGACGGCAAAGAUAGCACCAGCUAAUCCCGGACAAAUCCCAGUGACAUCUUUGAUGAAACCAAAAUUGAUGCAGUCCAAGAGUUUACGUGCCUUAUAUAUGGACUCCCAAAGUGUCAAAGUGUAA